CAGACGCCCUAGUCUUACUGGGAGCUUUUCCCUUACCACCAUCCUAAACUCAUCACCCCGGGACUACGAGAGCGACUUCCAUAUGGGCGAAUAUUAAUCAGUUCUGGACACAAAUAUUGGGAUAACCCAGAGCAGCGGCCCACUAAACCUCUCUGAAAGACAACAAAGUUAAAAAGUCUCACCAUGUCCAGCCGCCCACCGAUAAAGUAUGUGAGUGGCAUGCCCAUUCUUGGACCAUUUGCAGAAAACUGGGAGAAUGUGAAGAAGUUUGAGGCCAGAGAAGACGACUUGGUGAUUGCCACCUACCCAAAAUCUGGAACCACCUGGAUGAGUGAGCUUGUGGAUCUGAUCAUUCAUAAAUUGGACACAGAGAAGACUAAGAGAGAUGCCAUAUUCCAGCGGGUGGCCUUCCUGGAGUAUGCAGUGCCCAACAUGCUGACAGGCACAGAGAUCCUGGACAGAAUAGAAUCCCAGCGUGUGAUAAAGACCCAUCUCCCGGUGGAAGUUCUUCCAAAGCAUUUCUGGGAAAAGAACUGCAAGAUGAUAUACGUCGCUCGGAAUGGCAAGGAUGUGGCUGUAUCAUAUUAUCAUUUUUAUCGUAUGGCCAUUGUUCACCCUGAGCCUGGGACAUGGGAAGAAUUUCUGAACAGUUUCAUGGAGGGAAAAGUUGCGUUUGGUUCCUGGUCUGCCCACGUGAAGGGCUGGUGGAAUGCAAGAAAGCAGAAAAACAUCCUAUAUCUGUUCUAUGAAGACAUGUUGGAGGACCCAAAGCGCGAAAUCCAGAAAGUGGUUACAUUUAUGGGGAAGAAAUUAUCUGAAGAUGAGCUGGAGAAGCUCCACCAGCUCACAUCCUUCCAGGCCAUGAAAAACAACCCAAUGGCCAAUUAUUCCACAAUUCCCAAAUCAGUGAUGGAUCAUUCCAUCUCCCCUUUUAUGCGGAAAGGGAUCUGCGGUGACUGGAAGAACCAAUUCACAGUGUCCCAGAAUGAGCAGUUUAAUGAAUAUUACCGGAGAGAAAUGGCUGACACGGACCUGACAUUCCGCUUCCAGGACUGAUCCACUAAAUGCCACGUUCAUGGGAGCCAGGCUUCAACGCUCGCUGUGGAGUAAAAUCCAGUUUGGGUUCCAAUUAAUUAAAAUGUGGUAAAAUUCCUCCAAUUUGGUCUAUUCCUUAUAUAGGCCAUAAAUAGCAAAACAUAUGUGUGCAAGAUUGGAGUAAAUAAGAUAUAAAG